AUGGCAUCAGGAACUGAAUGUUGGUCUCACAAUGACUACCAUGUUGGAUGGGUCUGCGCCCUGCCCACCGAACAGACGGCGGCGAUAGCUAUGCUGGACCAGAGGCAUACAAAUCUCCCGAAGCCGCCGAACGACAACAACACAUAUACACUCGGAGCUGUGGGCAAACAUUCUGUCGUUAUCGCCUGUCUGCCUAAGGGCAAAAUCGGCAAUGUCUCAGCAGCGACAGUUGCCACUAAUAUGGUCUCAACCUUUCCGAACAUUAGGUUUUGUCUAAUGGUUGGUAUCGGAGGUGGCAUUCCGCCCAAGGUUCGUCUGGGUGACGUUGUGGUUAGCACUCCUGUUGGGGCGUUUCCAGGCGUAGUCCAAUACGACUUGGGAAAGGCACAUCAAGGAGGCACAUUCGAGAGGACGGGGUCAUUGAAUAGUCCGCCAAAUUCCUUACUGGCAGCUUUGACAUUGGUAGAGUCGGAGCAUGAUCUAAUUGGCUCUCGAAUACCUGACUACUUGAAGGAACUGGAGCAGAAGUGGCCAAGAUUGGCACACAAGUACCUCAAGUCUGAUUCGCUCAAAGAUCAACUGUUCAAGACUGAAUACUCCCAUAUCAGUAAGAGUGUUGCGGAAGGAACAGCGGAUGGAACAGUCAUCCGGGUUAAUGAUCAUGAAGCUGAGGAGAGUGACGCAGAAGACGACUGUCGUUUCUGCGAUAAGAGCCAAACGGUGAAGAGGAAGCCUAGAGAGAUGCGAGUUCAUUACGGGCUUAUCGCAUCUGGAAACGAAGUCAUCAAGGAUUCCAUCUUCCGUGACAAGCUCAAUAGGGAUCUAGGUGGUCAGGCGCUGUGUGUUGAGAUGGAAGCGGCAGGGCUGGCGCAUAACUUGCCCUGCAUCACCAUCCGGGGCAUUUGCGAUUAUGCUGAUUCGCAUAAGAAUAAUGCGUGGCAAGCCCAUGCAGCCGCUGUGGCAGCUGCCUUUGCGAAGGAAUUGCUGGGCCAAGUGCAGGCAAGCGAUGUUGAGAGGGAGCCUACGGCAAAGGAAGUUUUGGGCCAAAUCCAUGAAACUGUCUCACGGUCUGAUGCGAACAUUCGAGAAGUGAAGCGUAAGAUGGAUAGAAAAGAGGACGUUGAGAUCCUCGAGUGGCUCACACCUGUCAACUACGGACCCCAGCAGAGCGACACCUUUAGCCAACGACAAGAAGGCACUGGUGAGUGGCUUCUAAGCUCCAAAGAGUUCCAAGACUGGAUCGACACUGGGAAGACGCUGUUCUGUCCCGGCGUUCCUGGAGCAGGCAAAACAAUCCUCACAUCCAUCGUGAUCAAUGAACUCAUGACCCGCUUUGGGGAUGAUGACACCGUCGGGAUCGCAUUCAUCUAUGGUAAUUACCGGCAGCGUGACGAACAGAGACUUAAUCAUCUGCUCGAAAGCCUACUAAAGCAGUUAGUUCAAGGACAAUAUUCUAUGCCAGCAAGCCUGAAGGUUCUCUACGACAAGCACAACGUCGGGAAGACGCGGCCCUCCAGCGAGGAAAUCUCAACGACUCUUCAGUCCGUUGUUGCGCUAUUCACACGGGUCUACAUCAUUGUUGACGCACUUGAUGAGCUCAAUGCAAUAGACGGUUGCCGAAAUAGGUUCCUGGAAGAGAUCUUCAAGGUCCAGGCUCAAGGCAGUGCGAAAUUCUUUGCUACGUCGAGGUUUAUUCCGGAGAUUACGGAUAAAUUUGGAGGAGGUAAAACGAUUAAAAUUCGCGCCCAAGAUGAGGACGUGCGAAGCUUCCUAGACAGCAAGAUCUCGCAAUCAGGGAAGCUAUUGCAGACACAUCGUGAGAAGAUCAAGUCUGAAAUCGCCAAGUCAGUUGACGGAAUGUUCCUCCUCGCGCAACUUCAUUUCCAAUCUGUGUCCACAAAGAAGACUCUUAAGAAGAUCAAGGAUGCAUUAAACAGCCUGUCAGGUGGGCCGAAAGCGUACGAUAUUGCUUACAAGAAAGCCAUGGAGAGAAUAGCUGGCCAGGACCAAGAUUCUAAGGAGCUAGCCACGCAAGUUCUUUCAUGGAUAACUUGCGCUAGAAGAGUUCUCAAAACUUCAGAACUUCAGCAUGCGCUUGCAGUCGAAGAAAAUGAUCUCGAACUCAAUAAAGAAAACAUCCCCCAAAUCGACGAUAUGGUCUCAGUGUGUUCUGGUCUGGUCACAGUUGACGACAAUAGCGGUGUCAUCCGACUAGUUCACUAUACAACACAGGAAUACCUCGAGCGGACUCGCGGCCAGUGGUUUCCCAUUGCAGAGUCGCAUAUCACAAUGGCCUGUAUCAGAUACCUCUCAUUUGACGUCUUUAAGGGCGGCUUUUGUAGAAGUAAAGAGGAAUAUGAGAACCGUCUGACGUGCAAUCCGUUUUAUGGCUAUGCCUCGCAUAACUGGGGGCAUCAUGCUCUCAUGGCGUCUAUGGAUGGUGGGCGGGUGAUUGUAGAUUUCCUGAAUACUCCAGCUAAACCACUUGCCUCAGUCCAGGAAAUCAUGGCUUCCCAACACCACUCAUGGGAGUAUAUCAAGGCCACAGAAACCAAAGUAAAUACAGCAGCAUAUUUUGGGCUAUCUAACACAGUAUUGGCUUUGUUGGAGAAAGGCCAACUUGCAGAUUCCAAGGGUAUAUGUGGGUGGACUGCAUUGUCAUACGUAGCAAGGUACGGGCACGAAAAGGUUGUCAAGCUACUUGUCGCCAGGGACGACGUCGACCCUAACUCUACUGAUGGAAUGUAUGUUGAGACCCCGCUCUCUUGGGCCGCAAAGAAUGGGCAUGCCGGCGUUGUCAAAUUCUUACUUGGCAAUCAAGGUAUUCUCGCAGACUGUGUACAUAAAAAUCGUCAGACGCCGUUGUCGUUUGCAGCAGAGAACGGCCACCUAGAAGUGGUUAGGCUCCUUCUCUCCAGACAUGACGUUGACCCCAACUCAACUGACUGGGAAUUAAGAACGCCCUUAGCUUGUGCCGCACAAAAAGGGCACACUGCGGUUGUCAAACUCCUCCUUGAGAAACAAGGGGUUUUUGCAGACUCUGCGGAUAAGAGAGGUCGGACGCCAUUGUCAUUUGCAGCAGAAAACGGCCACGAGGCGGUGGUCAGACUACUGCUUGCUAUGGAUACCGUUGAUGCAGACCGCGAAGAUUCUAGUUACAGGUCGACGCCUCUUGAUUAUGCAGUGGAGGGUGGCCACGAGGCAGUUGUUAAGGUGCUGCUGACGAGGACCCGGGUAACCUGGGGUGGAGGCUUGCUCAGGUCUGCCGCGAACAAUGGGCAUAAAGGGAUCCUGACGCUACUCGUGAAUAGCAGCGCCAUCCCCGACCAGCAAGGAAAGUUUGAAAACGCAAGUGCCCAGGCGAGUAACAAGACAGAUGAGCAUUGCUCACCAUCACUUCUCGGAAAAGUCUCAUCUGAAAGAACAUCACUUCACUGGGCGGUUGAGAAUGAACAACUAGCAUUGACUGGAGAUGUGGAGGCAUACAGUACUUCAAAGAGGAGUCAAAGACAGCACUUCAUCUAG